AUGGUGAAGUACUCCCAAGAGGCCGACAAUCCCACCAAAUCAACGAAGGCCAGAGGUGCUGACCUUAGGGUUCAUUUCAAGAACACUAGGGAAACCGCGUUUGCGAUCAGGAAGUUGCCACUCACCAAAGCCAAAAGAUACUUGGAAGAUGUUUUGGCCCACAAACAGGCUAUUCCUUUCCGACGAUUUUGUCGUGGUGUUGGGAGAACAGCCCAAGCCAAGAACAGGCAUUCUAAUGGGCAAGGACGUUGGCCUGCCAAGUCUGCUAAAUUUAUUCUUGAUUUGCUCAAGAAUGCUGAGAGUAAUGCUGAAGUGAAAGGUUUGGAUGUCGAUGCACUCUAUGUUUCUCAUAUCCAGGUCAAUCAAGCUCAAAAGCAAAGGCGUCGUACUUACAGGGCUCAUGGAAGAAUCAAUCCUUACAUGUCAUCUCCAUGCCACAUUGAGCUCAUAUUAUCCGAGAAGGAAGAGCCUGUCCAGAAAGAGCCUGAGACCCAGUUGGCAACAAACAAGAAGAAGUCUCAAGCUCUUCGAAGUGGUGCUUCGUCUUAG